AUUAUUGCCAUUACAAGAGCAAUGGCUUAUGUUAAUGUGAAAGAUUGGUCUGUGGACCAAGUAAUGGACUGGUUAAAAGGCUUAGAUAAUGUUCUUCUGCAAUAUCACGCAUCUUUUCUUAAUAAUGGUGUGACUGGUCAUCAGCUCUUAAACCUGAGAGCCGAUGACUUAGAGCAUUUGGGUGUGAAAGCUCUCGGACAUCAAGAAAUUAUUUUGGAAGCUGUCGAACACCUCAGAAAUUUUCAUUUUGAAUUGGAUAAAGAAAACCUGCAAAUGCUUGCAUUACGUUUAUCAUGUGCAGCAAAUUCUUUGUUUAAAGAACUGUUACUCAUUGAUGAUGCUUGCGAUACAGUUAAUACGCAAGUAAUGUCUGAUGUCCAUAAUAUUAUAUCCACUAUUAAGCCCUUGGUGUUGUGGUUAGAAAGAUCUCCAUUUACUCAAGAUAAGGACUAUAUAGAGAAUAAGAGGGAAUUAUUAAAUUUGGGAUUUGUAAUGGCCACAUGUGCUCAUAGAGGUGUAUUCUCAGAAAAUCCUGUAAGAACUAUUAGAGAGAUCUGUGAAAAAUUGUCCAGAAUUGCCGAUCAUAUUAUCCAGGAUAUUUGUGAUCCGAUGAUAUUACAGCCUGCAUCCUUGGAUUUAGCCACUUUAAAAAAAAGAGAACAUGAGCUAGGUUUCUAUAUAUUGCCAACUCAUCACCCAAUUCACCAAAUAGGUGAGAUUAAGUUUGGAUCUCCUGCUCAUGGUAGCACAAAGAUAGAAGAAGGAGAUGAAAUUGUACAAGUGAACUACCAGACUGUUGUCGGGUGGCAGUCAAAGAAGGUAAUGAUUCUUUUGCAAGAUUCACCUCCAGAGAUUGUUUUGACAUUAAAGAAAAGGCCCAGACACUCAAAAGUAUAUGGGCAGAUCUAUAUGAAACCUUACAGGCUGCCCAGCAGGAAAAGGGGGGAUAAUUGGAGCAAGUGGACUGAGAAUCUUCCCUCACCUAGACUUUUGCCAAUCUUGGAUUUGCCUCCAAUUAAAAUUACUAAAAGUGAAGAAGACUUGGAAACCCAAGAUGUUGGGGUUGAGUUAAGCAGUAGUGACAGUGAGCCACCCGAUAGUCCAUUGGAUGUUAAUUGCCGCAUGUAUCCUCUUAAACCCAGACCCAUUUUGCAAAGGCGGAACACUAUUACCGGUACCACUCCGACAAGCAAAAGACCAUAUGCCUCAAUAGAUCAGUAUUGGGAUUUUAUAAAGUCUCGAACAAGUACAAAUCACGCUGUCAGCACUUACAACAUAGACGAUAAGAAUUUCGAAUCGAACUCGAUGUUUUUGCGCGACAAAAGCGCUUCUUGCAAUGUCGGGUUAGAUUUGAGCCCGCGACCAACCACCGUAGGUCUAGGAAUCGGUCUCGCCCAAAGCUACCGCAAAAAUUCUCUGAAAAAAAGUUUCAAAGAGAGCGGCACGGAAAAGGAAUCUCGGUCGGCAAAGAAAAAAGUAAAUUUCGACGAAAAGUCAAAGUCUAACGAUGAAAAGAAGAGCGAAAAAGAAAAUUCAAUGGGUAACCCUCACCUCACCGUGAACACCAAUUUAAACGAAGAAAAGAGCCUGAGCAUUAACAGUUUGUCGAGUUUGUCGGAGUCAAACAUCGAUUUUAUAGAUGAAGGUCGCGAGUUAACCGACAGAACUAGUAUGGCUUGCCAGAGGGACUUACCGGAACCGGAAACGGCUGCCUCCAAACCGGCGGCGAACGAAAAGGUUCGGGACCCCAUACUUUCGGAAAUAAAUGUACACAAUAUUAUAAAGAAGUUCGACGAUAGCCAAAAGAAUUUAGCCCCGAAGCAGCCUCAAGUUAAACCCAAAGUUUUGCCCAGAAAUCAUCCAAAAAAACCGCCGGAUGUACCCGAAAAACCAGAUAAGAGGCCGGCAGUGCCACCUAGAAGCGCGACCACAAAGUUGAGGGGAAAAUUAGAUAAAAGUCACAGUACACCCGCUUACGAUUUGACAGAUGAAGAACCCACUCAUAUGGAAAAUGCCCCAGUAACUCCCAAACCAUUACUCUUAGAGAAAUUACCGGAUGUUGUCCCAAAAAUACUAGAGUCGGUUGAAACUUCUUCUGCAAAUAAAGAUAAAGACUAUUCUCCAUUCAAGGAAGCGAUUCUCGAAUCCAGUCACCCCAUAGAAAUGUGCAACAUCGCGGUGAUAGAAAAGAUUAAAGCGUCGGAUUCGUUUUUACCGGUCGAUGAGCCAAAAUCGGAUGCGAAACAUAACCAAGUAGUGGAGGUGCCUCCGAAACCGCCACCGCGGAUUUUGCCUGAUACUCCCAAACCGGUCUACCCUGUGGAUUCACCCAAACCCCAAGGCUUUGCGAAAAAGUCAUUUGAUUUUCAAGACAAUCAGUCGGAAAUAUCUCGGACGAUGUCCACACAGUCCGUGGAUUCCAACGACUACCUAGUGCCGGUUCACGCGUCAAAGAAGCAAGAGAUCCCUAGUAAGGUUCCUAUUAGAGUUGAGAGGAAUCAUUUCGAGCCCAAAGUUGCUUCUACGCCAAUGGCGAAAACGAAGAUGGAUUUUAGUGAGUUCGACUGUAUCGGUUUCAAAAGUUCACCAAACUACGAUAUCCAGAAGAGCUCCAGUGAAACCAAGGUUUCACCCACUAACUCCAUUGUUAAGGCCAUGAUAUCAGGUAGAACCAGGUCCGGUAAAAAGAAGAACAAUUUGAUAGCAAAGAGGAGGAAAGUGACAGUGAAUGACCUGAGUCCCGCGGAUAUUCAGGGUUACCUGUAUCAGAGACUCAGGGGGAAGCAUAAUCAAAAUGUUCAUUGGGAGCAACGUUGGUUUGUCCUCUUGGGCAACUGUUUGUACGGCUUUACUAACAAAGAGGAUCCACGGGCGGCGUUUUUGAUUUUUUUGUCUGGUUUUACAGUGGCUGUUGCUAGUGAGGUGAAAUCGAGAUCCAACGCGUUCAAGGUAUACCACACGGGAACCGUUUUUUAUUUCUCCGCGGAAGACGGCGAUUCGCUGCAAAUGUGGCUGGACCUGAUCCGCGCCGCGUGUUUACACAACGACAGCAAAAACCAUGACGGCAGCCUUUAUUCCGAGACAGACGAUUCAGACAGCGAAAAACCGAAGGCGUCGAACAACGAGAAGACAGACUCGCUGAAAAAGUUCGGGUCGCUGAAGAAGUUCGCGUCGAAGAAGUCGCCGGGCGACUCGGGUCACGGCGGCGGCAGCACCAGCCUCGAUAGGAAAUGGUUUUUCAACAAGUCGAGCAAUAAUCAGCCGAAAAAUAAUUUGCCCGUGCCUACCGCGCAGUUCAGGUCGUAUCGGAAAAUGCGGGCGGCCGAACCCGUGAGCGUCAGAACCGGGAAUUUUACGUCCCACGUUCCACUGUUCGCGCCCGGCAAUCUCGCACAAUCCCAAAACGUCAGCGUUCCGAAUUUAACGGUCGAAACGUUCGGGAAAUGCGGUACCGAGUCGGCGAAAGUCAAACAGAAAACGGGGAAUUACGUCCACGCUAGUAACCCGAGUCUGUGCAAUGUGAGCGAGUACAGCGUCGCGACCAGCUCGACCGGUAAAGGCGGUUCCAAGACGGGACACGAGAAUUUCGAAGGUUUCGUGACGCUCGAGGAGCUGAUGAACAGACAGACGGAAGAGCGGAAGCUUAAUCCCCAUCACGUGCUCGAGGAGAUGCACAUGAACCUUAAUCUCAUUAAGCCGGACGUUGUUUACGGUGAAGUUCCAAUAAGACCGAAAGAAAAGGCGUCGGACAAAGCGGACGACUUGAACAUGUCCGCAGCGUCCCCCCUUACCCGUUCUUCUUCCGCGUCGGAAAAGCACGAGUCGAGCAGUUCGUGUUUCGGGAAGCGUUUGGGAUCGCUAAAAAAAAAUCAAAAAGUUGACAACAACGAAACGAAAACGGCCACCUUUCCGAAGGGCACGAAAGUGUUCGAUUUCAAAAGUAACCGCAGCCUGCCCAGAGAACACAGGAUGCAAGAGACCGGCAGGGAGUGCGAAGAAUACACGGUUUUUCAUCUACAUUAUACCUCCGACAAAAAUUUGUCGUUGGGAAAGAAGUCCUACGAGAUGAUCUAUUGCCCUGAGACCGUGAACGACGUGCAAUUCGCCCAGAAUCGUAUGCUAGACGACAUCAUGUGUAACGAGACUCCCAAAAAAGGGUCGAAAGUGAAGAGACAGCGAAGCAUUCCUUCCUACGAUAAGAAAUCUUCGAAUAGGAUAGGCGAUUCGUCUGCCGGCAGAGUUAAAUUGAAAUCGGCGGUGCAGUAUACCCCGAUGUCUUUGCCGUUAAGCCACGAUUCCAAAACAAAACCAAAAUUCGCGUUCGAGUUGAAUCUGGACGAGAAGCAGCACAGUAAGGGGGGAAAACUGAAGCAGAUGUUCGGCGGGAAACACGAGAAGAAAGAGAAGACGUUCUUGGGCUCGCCGAAGCUGCACGGGGUCAUAUUUAAGAAGCAGCCAUCGGGGGGAGACGCUGGUUGGUCUUCGACUUCCUCUUCUGUUCAGACCACUCCCUUGUGCAAAAAUAACCUACCACUGGAGAAUUCGCCCCAAGUAGCAGUACCAUUUCCUCUUAGUAUUCGGCCCCACGCGGACUACCCAGGUUUGGAAUACCCACCGGUGUUCGAGGCGGAAACGUACUCUCUUGCCGAUCCUCAAAGCAGUUUGAAUUUGAUAAGGAAGCAAAAAAAGGACAACGAAAAUGUGGGAGGGGCGGGUAAAUAGUGGG